UUGCUCAGUUGCGACUUUUGCACGUCAUUCAGUUGAAACAUUUAUAUUUUGAAGCAUUUUGAAGAGGAGGUGGUAAAUUUUGCAAAAAGAUUAUUUUUAGUACAAAAGGAGAAGGAAGCAAAUCAGCAUUUCGUAAUGGCUAUGGUAUAUUUAAAAGAACACAACGAAAACAUUUACAACGCAGAGAGGAUAAUCAAUGAACCACAAUACCAGCAUUCACUCCCGAAUCAACAAUCCCAGAAAUCGUCGAAGAAGGGUUAUCAAAAAGUGCUACCUCCUGAUGUCUACGUCUCCAAGUUUCGUGCAAUGGUCGAAUCAGAAGCAAAGGCCCGAAAAGCAGGUCAUAGAACGAUGGGAUACGCCAAUACUCCAUUGUCUCCACCGGACAAGUUUUUGAAGAAGAACCAAGGAAUACGGUGGAAAAGCUCCACGGAUCAUAAGUGCAUUAAGAAGAAUAUACCUCCUGUGCCGCGACAUGAUGAGGUUCCUGCAAAACCGCCAGCCCCAACAAAGUCGAAGGAUAGCGAACAAAAGUCGAAGGAGACAAUCAAAUCCAUUCCUAAACGUCCGCCACCACGCUAUGUUGAUACCCGUCAUGGCACUGUACACGAUCUAUAUUCGUCGGGUCUAAUGCCCCAUUAUGUUUUCCGGCCAGCCUAUGGUAAGAUACCUGACUAUAUGUCACCAGGGAAAAUACAACAGAGAUACAAGGAAGGUUUUAAGGAAUCAAAUCAAAAACGUAACGGUGGGAAUAGUUUUGGGCAACAGAAUCAAGGAGAGAACGGCGCAAGGUAUAUUAGCCAGGAGGAAAGAUGUUCUCUAUUGACUGGUCUCAAGCAAAAUUGGCAAAAACUGCAACAACGAUAUCAAGGUCUCUCCGUUCUCACCGAUACAGAGCCCAAGAAACAAGUCAAAAUGAAUCUCGAGCGGGAACUCAAACAACUCGAGCAGGACAUAAUGCUUCUCGAAAACAAUCCACAUAUUUACGUUUGCGAUAAUGCCAAUCAAUGAAAAUCAGUCGUUUUAACAUUUUCUCUAAAUCUGCAUUUGCAAUCAAUCAUUUGAAUUAAACUUGUGCAAAUUUACAGCGGUUCCUUCACUGCAUCGCCGUCUGGCGUGCAGAGCUACCAACUUGACGCACGCACCGCUCAUUUCUGUGUGGUUUUGUUUUCAUACGUCCAAGGCGUGCGGGUAUAGUUCGAGAGGGAGCUUGUCGGCGGAGUGUAGUUUUUGAUUGCAAUUUAUUUUCGUUUAAACGAGUAAUAUUGUGCUUUGUGCGGUUAAUAAAGUUAGGAAAAAGCGGAAUAAGA